UAGCACAUCUUGCAUCGUUGACCCUUUACCAGACACAAAUCCACGAUAAUUUUGAGCAAUGGCGAGUGUGUUCAUCAAAGCUUUGCAGCCGCUGUGUACGAGACGAUUGAGUUUCAGCGCUGUCAAGUGGAAGAUCUUUGAUGUAGCUAGUGCUGGUCAGUUCAAAUCAGACGUUUUAGACUCCAAGGGACUCGUGAUCGUGGACUUCCAUGCAGAAUGGUGCGGCCCUUGCAAGGACCUUGGCCCAGUAUUGGAGAGCGUGGCCACACAAGAGUCAGUGGACCUUGCUAAAGUUAACAUCGAUUCAUUCACUGAGCUCAGUAUGGAGUACGGCGUGUCUGCCGUGCCGACUGUGGUUGCCAUUAGCAACGGAAAGGUGGUCGACCAAUUUGUAGGAGGACAGAAUAAAGACUUCGUAAAAAACUUUAUCAAGAAACAAUUGUAAUUAUUACAUUAAAAUUAAUUAUUCAAACGCACACAGUAAAAUAAUGAUAAUGAGACACAUUGCUAUAUUAUAGAGAUGCAAGAAUAAUACAGUCCAGUUCAUUGCGUUGUUAUGUGCUGA